AUGUCUUCAUCAUUUCCCAUCAUGAAGAUGAGCACGCGCACACUAUUGAAGCAAUAUCCACGAUCAGCAACUUUUGCUGUUAGACCAUUUCUUGCACAAUGCCAAAAUAGAAAAAGUUCGCAUAGUCCUAUGGGCUCACCGAGUGCGAGGAAGAAGGUCACCAUGACUACAUUGAGGUCCAUGUAUAAGAAGGGCGAACCUAUCGCUGUAAUGACGGCUCAUGAUUUCCCAAGUGGCCAUGUCGCGGAUGUCGCGGGUAUGGAUAUAGUAUUAGUGGGAGACAGUUUGGCCAUGGUAGCCUUGGGAAUGGAGGAUACUAGUGAGGUUAUUAUGGAAGAGAUGUUGAUGCAUUGUCGUUCUGUAUCGCGUGCUGCAAAAGCUGCUUUCACUGUUGGAGAUCUUCCUAUGGGUUCGUAUGAGAUAUCCCCCGAACAAGCUCUCGAAUCCGCUUUUCGAUUUGUGAAGGAAGGUCGAAUGCAAGGCAUUAAAUUAGAAGGAGGUGCAGAAAUGGCUCCCACUAUCAAGAAACUUACGACCGCGGGCAUUCCAGUACUAGGUCAUAUAGGUCUCACACCCCAACGCCAAAAUUCCCUUGGUGGCUUCCGCGUACAAGGUAAAACUUGUGCCGGUGCCCUGAAAGUUCUCGAAGAUGCACUCGCCGUCCAAGAAGCCGGUGCUUUCGCAACGGUCGUUGAAGCUGUUCCACAAGAAGUUGCAAAUCUCAUAACUGAGAAGCUGUCUAUCCCUACAAUCGGCAUUGGUGCAGGAAAUGGUUGCUCGGGACAAGUUUUGGUGCAAGUUGACAUGACUGGCAAUUUCCCACCCGGUCGAUUCCUCCCAAAAUUUGUAAAGAAAUAUGGUGAUGUCUGGAGCGAAAGCUUAAAAGCCAUUACGCAAUACCGCGAAGAAACAAAGUCUCGAGCCUACCCAGCCCUAGAGCAUACAUAUCCGAUUCCAGAGAAGGAGCUCGAGGAAUUUCGAAGUGCAAUUAGCAAAAUAGAUUGA